CUCAACUCACAACACCAAAUUCCACUCCUUCUACACUUGAAACCAUGGCCAAACUCGCUCUUUCCUUCGCUGCCUUCCUCAUCCUCUUCACCUUCUCCCACGCCCGCGAUCUGCAACAACCCUUUCCCGAUUCCGAUUCCGAUUCCGAUUCCGAUUCCAACUCCGACUCCAAUUCCGAUCUCGUUUCCGCAUCCGAACGCAUAACAAACAUCAAACCCGAACAACACGACACCGUUUCGCUCUCCCUCGAAUCCGUUGACCCUGUCCCGUUGACCAUCCUCAGUCUCCGCCCAAUCGACGGUCGCCGUCACGUCCACCCUCGCCGCCCGUGCCACCACCGCCGUGAGAUCCACUACGGCAACGACGGGAUCGUGCUCACCGACGGCGCUCGCCGACCGUUCCUGAGGUCUCACAGCAAAGCGCAGAGGCUCCCGGAGAUGGAGAUGAUGGAUCGCCGCGAGAUCCACUACGGUAACGAUGCGAUCGUGCUCACCGACGGCGAUCGCCGACCGUUCCUGAGGUCUCACAGCGCUGUGCAGAGGCUCCCGGAGAUGGAGAUGAUGGAUCGCCACGAUGUUCACCACUACCGCCGUCACCACGCACACGGUCAUCACCACCAUGACGGUUGGUUGUCCGAGAAGGUUCGCGAUUUCAUGAACAUGUUUUGAUUUUGAUGCUACUGAAUCGAUCGAUGAUGCUCGUGCUGAUAGUUAUAUAUGGAUAUGUAGGGUUUCUGUGUGUGUAUAUAUGAUUGUAAAUAAGUUUGCAUCUGCUUUAGAGAUGUAGAGCAUAGGUUUGUAGUUUAAAUAUUGUCAUCAUGAUGCACUACUACUACUACUAUUACUAAUACAGAACUAUAAGUUCUUAUGCUUAUGUUGGUAUUAGAAAUAAUUAUGUAAAAUAGUAUAUGUGACUCUUACUCAAGCUUUUGUGAUAAAUAUUUGUUUGAUAUGA